GCCCCCGAUCCCCAUUUCCUUGUCCCUUCUCUUCCUCUCCCACGGCGGCGCACGAACACGCAGCAGUCGCCGAUUGUGAGAGAGAGAGAAGAGAGGGUGAGAAGAGAAGCGCCACGCCUUUCCUUUAGAAGACCAAACCGAAUCCCCACCCGACCACCCAGAUGGCACCGCCGGCGACGUCCAUGGCCGAUAUACCGGAUGUGAUGCUCGAGGAAAUCUUCCUCCGCCUCACAGCUGCCGAAGACCUCGCCCGCGCCUCCACCACCUGCCCCUCCUUCCGCCGUGUCAUCGCCGACCACGCCUUCCUGCGCCGGUACCGCGCUCUCCACCCGCCGCCUCUCAUCGGCCUGCUCCAAGACACCUUCAGCCCAGCCCAGCCGCCGCACCCCUCCGCUGUCGCCGCUCGCGCCUUCCUUGGCUUCGACUUCUCCUGCUCAUCCAUCCUCCCCUCCACCCCCGGCCAUACCUGGCGUCCAGUUGAUUUCUUUGACGGACGCGCCCUCCUCGUCGGCCCCCCAAACAAAGAAGACCGCCAAUUUUGGGUCAAGGACCUCGCUGUGUGCGACCCCAUUCACCACCGCUAUGUCCUGCUGCCCGCCAUUCCAGACGACCUGAAAGCGCUGGCUCCUCAGCUGGACCUCCUCACUCUGGAGGCCUUCCUUGCUCCCGGCCAGAAUGAGGAGGGCCCUUUAUCAUUCAGGGUGAUGUGCGUGGCGCAAUUUGGAUGUUUUUCUGUGGACGUCAAGACAUUGCAGGUCGAGUUUUUCGCUGAGCUUAGCAAACACUUACCUGGACGACUAUAUGCUGGUUUCCCACCAUCAUUGUGUGCACCAACUAUUUGAAGCGGGAUUUGUUUGAUGAUAACAUGCUUUGCCACUUUGCUCCUUAUAUGCUUGCAAACAGUGCUGGUUAUGGAUGCAGCCAAGUCAUAUCUUGCCCAGCAUUUGCCGUGUAUUAAUACUAACCUUGUCUGCAGUUCAAUACUAACCUCUGUACCAAAAUGCAAGACAUUUUUGGUUUUGCUUUUUUUUUUUUUUGCAUAAAAACGUCUUACAUUUUUUUAUGGAGGGAGUAGCAAACCCAACCCCUUGUUUGUAGGACUGUCAAAGGCGAUGAGGUAGUUCUGCCAGUUCGUUUUUACAUGGUUACAACCACUGGCUGUUUACAAGACCUUUGAAUCUCUAAAAGAAUAGGUGUGCCCUACUUAAAAUAUGAGUUUGCUUGAUUCAGUGUAAUCCUGUAAUGACAAGAUCUAAACGAAAUGAUUUGGCUUGGGAACCAGAUAGCAGAUUGGUUUCAAGUCACCAUGUGUUGUGGAUGUGAAAAAGAUUUACGGCAGGAG